GGAACGUCAAAAGAUACCAUAAACUCAACAUGGCAUUUCCUCUCGGUGCAGCACACGCUCCUAGCCUUGGCGAAUGGCUCAUUCCUGGACUCAGUCCACGGAUGGACCAGGCAUACACCAACCUCAACACCAGGGACAAUUCUACGACAGGAAACAGCACUAUCAAUAUGUUCAUAGAUGCCGAAAGUUCAGACUACGAAUACGCUGCAUCAAUUGUUACUGCAUGCGUGGACCAAACGGUAUACGCAAUUCAAUGCACUGCGAAUCUUCCCCUCGUUGACGGCGCUACAUGUGGCCCUAAUGGAGUAAUUGCCACUCUGACUUCUGGAGCCUCAAUUUACGAAUUCUCCAGCGCCGCCACAACCGUUACCGAGGGUUACGAUGUAACGGUCACCGGACUGGAGACGUGUCACCUUGCUGGUACUACUGCAGCUACUUGCUCUGCAACUGUGGAGGCCACAGUGGGUACUACAAAGUCAGCUGCCAGUACGGUUGAAACCUUGUCCGGCUCUGACUAUUACCGCUUUGACGUCGAGAUCACUGGCGGUGCUGAGAAGACGGUGAACCCGACGGGAAAGUGUGGAGCAGCUGCAAAUCUGAACAAUAAGAACUUGCUGGUUUGGGCUUUGGCUGGGGUCAUUGGUGUUGCCAGCAUUCAAACUAUGUUGUAAUUAUGUCGUGAGGAUACAUGGCAUAACACGGACAAGGUCUUUACAUUGACUGGGAGGAUUUACGGCGCUGAGAUUAGAUACCCUAGUAUGGAAUGUGAUAAUCGGAAGGUAUUGAUUGACGGCUCUGUCUCCAAAUUUCUUCAACUCGACGU